AUGGACACUUCAAAGCCGGUUGACGUAUCUUUUGUCAAAGCACUGCCAAAGAUCGAGCUUCACGCUCAUCUUAGCGGCAGUAUCAGUCGUCAGUGUCUGCACGAGCUAUGGCAACAGAAGAAGGCAGAGAAUCCUGAUUUCGAUGUCGAAGACCCGCUGGUUCUUAUGCCUCCAGGCAAGGUAGAUUAUGACCUGAAGACCUUCUUCUCAACUUUCUCCAAAUUGACCUACCAAAUCUGCAAUGACCUAAAGGGCCUAGUAUACGCCACCAACUCGGUACUCCAGGAUUUCCUAGAUGAUGGAGUCGUGUACCUGGAGCUGCGCACUAUCCCACGCGCAUCGCCGGGUAUAACCCGCGACGAAUACAUCAACACGGUGCUAACAACAAUCGAAAAAUUCAAAACAAAAUGCAACCGAAUGACCGUGUCACUAAUCCUAGCGAUCGACCGCGGCAGCAUGAACGCAGCACAAGCAGACGAGAUCGUCGAUAUGGCAAUCGCAAACAAGCCGCGCGGGGUUGUCGGCGUAGACAUCUGCGGCAAUCCAACGAAAGGCGACGUCAGCAUUUACAGGGAUGCUUUUGCGCGGGCGAAAUCCAGCGGCUUGGGCAUCACGGUGCACUUUGCCGAGACAGUCGCUUCGGCCUCGCCUGUUGAGUUGGCCACGCUGCUUGAAUUUAUGCCUGAUCGACUCGGGCAUGUUAUUCAUGUGCCUGAUGAGUUCAAGAGGGAGAUUUCUCGGCGGAAACUCGGGCUUGAGUUGUGCAUUUCAUGCAAUGUUCAUGCGAAGAUGAUUAGUGGCGGGUAUUUGGAUCACCAUUUUGGGUAUUGGCGACAUGAAGAUUGCCCGAUCGCGUUGUGUACCGAUGAUGUGGGAUUUUUCUGUAGUCCUGUCUCCAAUGAGUACCUUCUCGCCGCGCUGCAUUUUGACUUGAGCCGCGAAGAUCUCUUGCGGAUCUGUUACAAGGCUACAGAGGCUAUUUUCGCCGGCGAGGCUGAGAAAGAAAGGAUUGCAUGGAUGCUGGAUGUGUUCAAGGUGGAUAUAAAUAUGUCGUGA